GCCAUUUAUCUCCUGACUUGUAUUCAUCCACACUGCCAUCACGCUGCGUUUCCAUCAAAUAUUUAAUAAACUGAUUUUGCAUACUCAUCAAAAAAGCAUCCUCCUGGGAUAUAUUCUCUCAAUUUUAAAUGUUCUGAACCUUGAGGCUCAGGACUGAAACAAUCACAGUGCUACUAUAAAUUCGAGCCGUCCGAAAGGGACGACCAAAACGAAAUUAUCCCACUUUUUGAAGUACAGACAUUCUGUAAUUCAUCAUGAGCGGUGUUUUUCACUUUGCCCGUCGCGGGCUCGAAUCCGCUUCAGGCUCCAUUGAUCCUGCCCGCAACGACGUCCUCACCUACAAGAUGCCCGGCUGGGGUGUUGCUGUUCUCAUUGUGACGGUUGUUGUGUACCUUUACCUUUUCCUACAGGCUCAAUAUACACUUGGUUCAGUUGUGACCACUCUCGCCAUUGUUGAAUCAACGGCCGAACCUGUGGAUGAACCGGACUCGGUCUACCGCGACGAGCCCGAUGCCCCCCUCAUGGAUGUCAAGGAAAGCCUUUCAAACAAGGACGCCCUUGCACAGGCUGAGCUGCAGCACAAGCCCGCUCCUAUCACCAUUCGCUAUUCCACCGCUCUUCGCCACCUUCGCGCCAAGGCAGGCAAAUGGUCAAUUUUCCGGGGAAUGGUGGCCUUUACGUUCGCGGGACUUGUCACUAGCUGGCUCAAACACGUCUACUUCUUUCUUUUGUCCUGGUUCCCCUUGGUCAAUGGACUUCUCAGAGUGCCUUUGGCAAUGGCAACAGCGGCCCUCCUUUUCACCACCUGGACGCAUAUUGUCAUUUCUAUGCCUUCGAAGAAACCAUGGUUCAAGCGUCUUGCCGAGCUGAACAGGCACGACUGGGUCAAGAUCGCCCCAGCUACCUUCACCUAUGGCAUUGCAGUCCAAGCCGUCGCUUUCGUUCCUGCCAUGCUCGCCUCCAUUCUCGAACCCUCGUUGUGUUCAUCUGACGAUGAAAACGCAAAGUUCCAGCCUAUGGACUUUGUGCUCAAGUGUGCUGCUAUCCCGCUUACUUGGCUUAUUUGCGCUAUUUUGAUUAGCAUUCCCGCCGAGGUCAUUCUUGUCCGUAUGCAGGCAUCGAUGCUUCCUGCUGAGCAUGAGCCCAUCGUUCCCUUUGACCGCACAUUUGGCGGUCGCGUCGUGCCCAAGUCUGAAGGCGGCUCAGGCGUGCUAGGAAUGCUGGACGCUUGGAGAAGCUUUGACCGUGCUGCUCGUCUACGGCUGCUGAAACUUUACGCCAUUCUUGGUGCUGCCAUUAUUGGCGGGACACUGAUUUUCUUGGGUAUUUUCAUUGCUGAGCUUCGUCUCAUUACAGGUGAUGUCUUUUACAAGGUGAUCGCUCUGAUGAAUGACGAUUCAUGCAAGCCCAACAACGGCUUUUAAGCAAAGUCUAGCGCUUCGCUACUAGUAUAUGGAAUAAGCUCAGUAGAAUCGGUUAUCGACUCCCGGAACAUUAGCAAUAUCGACACAUUAAAACCCUGCAUUCUGAUGAAUUCUUUUUUUUCUUCCCUGUGAAAUAUAUCUACACUACUUAUACUCCACUCUUUUGAAUAAAUAUGCUCACCUUUCUCUGCUCACUU